UCGAAACGACCUCCGAGAUAUAUAUCGUUGAUCUCAGUCUGUAGUUGUAAAAAGCUCCUAGAGAACUAACCUUUUUUAUUCUUGACGAAAGGCGUGUGAUGGUGAAUAAAAACCCCGGUAUUAUUUCAGGAGUUUCUCUUCAAGUCGAAUUGAGAGUCAAAAGAUUGCCAGGGACUUGCCUUCUCAGUAGCCGGAGCGAGACAUAUAUCAGACUCAAUCUUCCAACCCCGACGCUCCUUUGGGUAAUCCUCUCACCACGAAACACAAGCUAUCAUCAGAACGCAUGUUCAGUUCCAAUCUUGUCGCUUAUCUGGAGAUCUCUGAACCCCAAGCAGCCACUCUCGCGAACAGAUCCAGUAGCCAUGCCUAAAAAACAAAAGCCCGUUCAGCCGAAACGAAAACUGCCAAGAGUGAGCCCUACAGGAGAAGUCCAGUGCAAGGAAGAGGCUCGGCAUCGUUUCCAGAUCCUUAGCAGCACAGGAGCAAAGGUUUGUUGCCUCAUUUGCGGUGGCAACAUGAAAAACAACGUGUCACAACUGAACCGGCAUAUGAAGGAUAACUGCAGUAGGAACAAGCACGAGACUCGCUGGGUGGACCGCUGGACGCAAGCCCAACUAGCGGAGCUGCGCAGCCUUUAUCUCAUCGAAGACGAAGUCCCCCAGUGUCCGGACUGCGGUCAUCUGCUUGCUGACUGGGCAAGAACCGGCCUCUUAGGACACAUCCGGCAAUGCCCGGCAUUGCUCGCUCGGUGCCGCCAGCCGCGGGCUGCUGGUGAAGUGGACCGACCCUUCGUGCGGGAGUAUGUCGAGAAGCAUUUUUCCCACUCGGUGGCUGAGCGGCCUCGCAUUGAGCGGACCCGUGGGUAUUUCCGGAUCGAGGGAGGCGUUGAGGAGGACGACGAGGACGAGGAGGUUCCGGGCGGCGAAAUAGCAGCGCAGCGCACCAUGUGCCGUCUCUGCGGUGAGAAACUGCAGCUACCAUGGGAUCUGAUGAUUCGAUCGCAACGCAAAAUCGUCCUCGAACGACACCUCAUCAUGUGCCCCGGUCCCGGCCUGGAAGAUACUUGGUAUAAGCUGGGUGCCAGUCGGUCCUGCGACAACAUCGGCUGCAAGGAGACGAUCCUCCACUCGGAGCUGCCUGCGCACCGGCGCCAAUGCCCAUGGCGCGACCUCGAGUGCCCUGACGCCACCCCUGGAAAGCUCACUUGCUAUGGUUGUGGCACAGAGGUGGGCAUGGCCUCGUUCGAGCCGCAUAUGAAGGACUGCAAAAAGAUCUGCCGCCGCUGUACUUAUUGCGGCCGACGCGGGUUCACUCCCAGUGAGUUCAAGGAGCACAAGAAAUCCUGCUUGAUGUGGAGAUGCUAUAGAUGCUUGGAUUAUUGCACAUGGACAUACCGCAACCUACAUCUCAAACGGUGUGCUUUCGUGCGUUGUCGAUUAUGCCAUCAACCACGAAUCCCUGCAGGUCGACAAGGCGAUCAUGCCCAGAAAUGUCGAGCCCGCCGCGGUCAAGGUCAUCUGUUGACAAACUCUGACCACAAGGAGCAGGUGUCAGGGGAGGAGCAGCGUGGCCUCGAGCUAAGCGACCUGAGCGACCUGAGUAGCUUAAGCGAGGUGGACACUUCAGGCGAGGGAGACGAGGUGGACCACUUGAACAAGUUGAAGGACGACCAUCUGCUGCUUCAGAUCAUGAUAUCUGUGUCUCAUGAGGACCGCCGCCAAUGUUCAAUACUGCUAUAAGAUCAUUGAACACUCAUUGAACCCUUAAAGUACAAUCCGGCCAGGAGGGCGCAGCUCUCUCAACACUUCCUAG